UCGAGUAACGCGUCAGCACUCGCACUCCCUCCCGUUUUUCCCCACUCGUCCCUUUUCGUCGCGGACGGAUCCCCCAAGCCGCGUCCCUCCGUUCCCCCAUUUCCCGUCUCCAAACCCUAAAACCCCCUCUCCAGAUCCCAAAUUUGUCUAUUGCUGAUCUCCGAUCCGCCUUCUGCUCUUCUCCUUUCAGCGGAAUCUUUCGAUCUGGUCACGGGCUAGGGUUUCCUCUUCUAAUCCGGCGAUGGGGGCGAGGGUGUACGAGAACUGGGAGCGCCUCGUGCGGGCGACACUGCAGCGGGAGCAGCUCCGGAGCGCCGGCCAGGGCGCCGGCCGGGCCGCCACUGGCCUCGCGGGCGCCCUCCCGCCUUCCCUUGUCUCCACCAACAUCGACCAGAUACUGCAAGCUGCGGACGAUAUCGAGGAUGAGGACCCAAAUGUCGCUAGAAUUCUCUGUGAGCAAGCAUAUACAAUGGCACAAAAUUUGGACCCUAGCAGUGAGGGAAGAGGUGUGCUGCAGUUCAAGACUGGUUUAAUGUCUGUUAUCAAGCAAAAGCUUGCUAUGAGAGGUGGAACUAGAAUUGAUCGUCAACGUGAUAUUGAGCACUUGUGGAAAUUUUAUCUAAGCUAUAAGAGGCGUCAUCGAGUUGAUGAUAUCCAAAGGGAGCAAGAAAGAUGGAUGGAGUCAGGAACCUUUAGCACAGAGUUCAAAACAAGGGCUGUACAAAUGAGGAAGAUUUAUGCAACUCUGAGGGCCUUAAUUGAUGUUUUGGAGUUACUUGUUGGUGAUUCAGCUAAUGAUGAAGUGGGUGAACUCAUUAUGGAAGAGGUAAGGAAAAUGAAGGGGUCUGAUGCGACCCUGAGAGGAGAACUCACAGGAUACAAUAUUGUACCUCUUGAUGCGCCCUCUUUGACCAAUGCGAUCAGCUUCUUCCCUGAGGUCAGAGCUGCAAUAUCUGCGAUUGGGUAUGCUUCAGACUUCCCUCGGCUUCCUGCUGAAUUUGAUGUUCCUCAGCUGAGAAGUCCAGAUAUGUUUGACCUCUUGGAGUUUGUAUUUGGCUUUCAGAGAGAUAACAUUCGGAACCAGCGUGAAAAUGUUGUUCUUACCAUUGCAAAUGCUCAGGCACGACUUGGCUUACCUGUUGAGGCAGAACCGAAAAUUGAUGAGAAGGUUAUCACUGAAGUUUUUCGUAAAGUUUUGGACAACUAUAUCAGAUGGUGUAGAUAUUUGGGCAUACGGAUCGUAUGGAACAGCUUGGAAGCACUGAAUAAAAACAGGAAGCUGAUUUUGAUUUCAUUGUAUUUUCUUAUCUGGGGUGAGGCUGCCAAUGUUCGAUUUCUUCCUGAAUGCAUUUGCUACAUAUUUCACAAUAUGGCAAAAGAAUUGGAUGCGAUAUUAGAUUCACCUGAAGCUAUUGCUGCAAAAAGCUGUACUGGUAGUGAUGGUCCUGUUUCAUAUCUCAGAGAAAUUAUUUCUCCUAUUUAUGAGACUAUGGAAGCGGAAGCUGCUAGAAAUAACAAUGGAAAAGCUGCGCACUCUGCUUGGCGGAAUUAUGAUGAUUUUAAUGAAUAUUUCUGGUCACCUUCAUGUUUUGAGCUGGCAUGGCCACCAAGGAAGGACUCUUCAUUUCUGCGGAAGCCAAAGAAAAAAUGGAAGAGGACAGGGAAAAGCAGCUUUGUGGAGCAUCGAACCUUUUUACACUUGUAUCGGAGUUUUCACCGUUUGUGGAUUUUUCUUUUCUUAAUGUUCCAGGGGUUGACAAUCAUUGCUUUUCAUAAGGGUGACAUUAACUUGAAUACCUUUAAAGUCGUACUUAGCACUGGGCCAGUCUUUUUCAUCUUGAACUUCUUAGAGAGCUGUUUGGAUGUGCUACUCAUGUUUGGGGCAUAUAGCACAGCAAGAGGUUUUGCAAUCUCAAGAUUGAUUAUUAAGUUUCUCUGGUUUGGAGUCAGUUCAGCAUUUGUGACAUAUCUUUAUUGGAAAGUUUUGGGUGAAAAAAAUAACAGUAACUCCGAUUCAACCUAUUUUCGACUUUAUAUUCUUGUUCUGGGUGUUUAUGCGGCCAUCCGCAUAGCAUUUGCGCUUCUUGUUAAGAUCCCAGCAUGUCAUACACUCUCAGAUAUAACUGAUCGGUGGCCAUUCUUUCAGUUUUUCAAGUGGAUUUACCAAGAACGUUAUUAUGUUGGACGUGGUCUUUUUGAGAAGACAAGUGAUUAUGCCAGAUAUGUGCUUUUCUGGUUGGUGAUAUUUGUCUGCAAGUUUACCUUUGCAUACUAUCUCCAGAUUAAACCAUUGAUCCAGCCAACCAACAUAAUUGUAGAGCUCCAUGACUUGAAGUACUCAUGGCAUGAUCUUGUGUCAAGGGGGAACAAAAAUGCUUUGACCAUCCUUAGCCUAUGGGCUCCUGUUGUUGCAGUCUACCUUCUGGACAUUCUUAUAUGGUACACGCUAUUAUAUGCCCUUAUUGGUGGCCUGAUUGGUGCACGUGCUCGUCUUGGGGAGAUACGAUCACUUGAAAUGCUUCAUAAACGGUUUGAGAGUUUCCCUGAAGCUUUUGUCAAAAAUCUUGUCUCGUCCAUGACAAGGAUGCCUCAGGAUAGGCAAUUUGUUCAGGAUUCUCAGGAUAUGAAUAAGGCAUAUGCAGCCAAGUUCGCGCCAUUUUGGAAUGAAAUUAUUAAGAGUUUGCGUGAAGAAGAUUAUAUUAGCAACAGGGAAAUGGAUUUGCUUUCAAUUCCAAGCAAUUCUGGGAGCUUCAGAUUAGUUCAAUGGCCUUUGUUUCUUCUAACUAGUAAGAUCUUAUUGGCAAUUGACUUGGCUUUGGACUGCAAAGAUACCCAGGCAGAUCUGUGGAACAGAAUAUCAAGGGAUCAAUACAUGGCCUAUGCUGUUAAAGAAUGCUAUUACAGUGCAGAAAGGAUUUUACACUCUCUGGUUGAUGAUGAAGGAAGACUUUGGGUAGAGAGGCUUUUUCGUGAGCUUAAUAACAGCAUUUCUGAGGGCUCUCUUGUAGUGACUAUUACACUUAAAAAGCUGCAGCUAGUGGUGUCGAGGUUUACUGCCUUGACUGGACUGCUGAUAAGAAAUGAGACUCCUGAGCUGGCCAGAGGUGCUUCCAGAGCUAUGUAUGAUCUGUAUGAUGUUAUUACCCAUGAUUUAUUGACACCAACUUUAAGGGAGCAAUUUGAUACAUGGAAUAUCUUAGCAAGAGCUCGAAAUGCAGGAAGGCUCUUUCAUAGAAUACGGUGGCCUGAAGAGCCAGAAAUUAAGGAGCAGGUGAAACGUUUGCAUUUACUUCUGACUGUAAAGGAUUCUGCUGCCAAUAUUCCUAAAAAUUUAGAAGCUAGAAGGAGAUUGCAGUUCUUUACAAAUUCAUUAUUCAUGGACAUGCCUUCAGCCAAACCUGUUACUGAGAUGAUACCUUUCAGCGUUUUUACUCCAUACUACAGUGAGACUGUACUCUAUAGUUCUUCAGAACUGCGGGUUGAAAAUGAGGAUGGAAUAUCUAUCCUUUUCUAUCUGCAGAAAAUUUUUCCUGAUGAGUGGGAAAACUUUUUAGAACGAAUUGGUCGUGGUGGCUCAACAGAUGAUGUUAGCAAGGAUAACUCUAGUGACGAGUUGGAAUUGCGAUUUUGGGUAUCUUAUCGAGGCCAAACAUUGGCGCGGACAGUACGUGGUAUGAUGUACUAUAGAAGGGCGCUUAUGUUACAAAGCUAUUUGGAGAGGAGGUCUCUAGGAGGAGUUGAGGAUGGCUAUUCUGGGGCUGCUGAUUACAUCAACACGCAAGGUUUUGAAAUGUCUUCCGAAUCGCGUGCCCAGGCAGAUCUUAAAUUUACAUAUGUUGUUUCAUGCCAAAUUUAUGGGCAGCAGAAACAGAGAAAAGCUCCAGAGGCUGCUGACAUUGCUCUUUUGAUGCAGAGAAAUGAGGCACUUCGAGUUGCCUUCAUACACGUGGAGGAAAAUGUGUCAGCUGAUGGAAUGGUUACAAAAGAAUUCUUUUCGAAGCUUGUUAAAGCUGAUGUUCAUGGAAAGGAUCAGGAAAUAUAUUCAAUCAAGCUUCCUGGAGAUCCCAAACUUGGAGAAGGGAAGCCUGAAAACCAAAACCAUGCUAUAAUUUUCACGCGUGGUAAUGCAAUCCAAACUAUUGACAUGAAUCAGGACAAUUACCUCGAGGAGGCUGUGAAAAUGCGGAAUCUACUUGAAGAAUUCCAUGGUAAUCAUGGUCUCCGACCCCCUACAAUUCUUGGUGUGAGAGAGCAUGUUUUUACUGGAAGUGUGUCAUCGUUGGCUUGGUUUAUGUCAAAUCAGGAGACUAGCUUUGUUACCUUGGGUCAGCGAGUUUUGGCUUACCCUCUCAAGGUUCGUAUGCAUUAUGGUCAUCCAGAUGUUUUUGAUAGGAUAUUCCAUAUAACAAGAGGUGGCAUAAGCAAAGCAUCCCGUGUCAUCAAUAUUAGUGAAGAUAUAUAUGCAGGAUUCAAUUCUACACUGAGGCAGGGAAACAUCACACACCAUGAAUAUAUUCAGGUCGGAAAAGGCAGAGAUGUUGGUCUAAACCAAAUUGCUUUGUUUGAGGGUAAAGUGGCUGGUGGAAAUGGAGAGCAAGUCUUAAGUAGAGAUGUUUACAGGCUUGGGCAGCUCUUUGACUUCUUUAGAAUGUUAUCUUUCUAUGUCAGCAGCGUUGGUUACUAUGUGUGCACAAUGAUGACUGUUCUUACUAUAUACAUUUUCCUAUACGGAAGAGUUUAUCUGGCACUAUCUGGACUUGAUUCUGCGAUAUCACAUCAGGCUAAGAUGCUGGGAAAUACUGCACUUGAUGCUGCAUUGAAUGCUCAGUUCUUGGUUCAGAUUGGUAUUUUUACUGCAGUACCAAUGAUAAUGGGUUUCAUUUUGGAACAGGGUUUUUUACAGGCUGUUUUUAGUUUUAUUACCAUGCAGCUUCAGUUGUGCUCAGUGUUCUUCACAUUUUCACUUGGAACUAGAACACACUACUUUGGCAGAACAAUCCUUCAUGGAGGUGCUAAGUACAAGGCAACUGGAAGAGGUUUUGUUGUUCGUCAUAUCAAGUUUGCUGAAAAUUAUAGACUUUACUCACGAAGUCACUUUGUCAAGGCACUUGAAAUUGUACUUCUUCUCAUUGUCUACAUUGCAUAUGGUUAUACUGAGGGUGGUGCAUCUUCAUUUAUCCUACUUACUGUCAGCAGUUGGUUUCUAGUUAUAUCGUGGCUCUUUGCCCCAUACAUAUUCAACCCAUCUGGGUUUGAGUGGCAGAAGACUGUUGAGGACUUUGAUGAUUGGACUGCCUGGCUUCUUUAUAAAGGCGGAGUUGGGGUGAAGGGGGAAAAUAGCUGGGAGUCUUGGUGGGAUGAAGAGCAGGUGCAUAUACAUACAUUGAGAGGACGCAUUUUGGAGACAAUCUUGAGCCUCAGAUUUUUUAUAUUUCAGUAUGGCAUUGUAUACAAGCUACAUCUAACCGGAAGUAAUACUUCGUUAGCACUCUAUGGUUUUUCAUGGAUUGUGCUGUUUGCCAUCAUCAUCAUAUUCAAGAUCUUUACAUUAAGUCCGAAAAGCACCAAUAUCCAGCUCUUUCUACGAUUUGCACAGGGCGUCUUUGCCAUAGGACUCAUUGCUGCCCUUGUUGUAGUUGUUGCAGUUACGAGCUUGACAAUUCCUGACUUGUUUGCAAGUUCGCUGGCAUUUAUUGCCACUGGCUGGGCCAUGUUAUGUCUUGCUAUCACAUGGCAAGGAUUGGUGAAGAGUUUAGGAAUGUGGCACUCGGUGCGUGAGAUUGCUCGGAUGUAUGAUGCUGGUAUGGGAAUGAUUAUCUUUGCUCCUGUGGCUUUUCUGUCUUGGUUCCCAUUCGUGUCAACAUUCCAGUCCCGACUUCUAUUUAACCAAGCAUUCAGCCGAGGGUUGGAGAUCUCCAUCAUCCUUGCUGGGAACAAGGCUAAUGUUGAAGUCUAAAAGAAGGUGUACAUAUGCUUCACUGCUGAAAUUGCAGCUGCUGAUACUUGGUUGAAGCUAAGCUGCCACCCUUUUGCUUUUCGGUACAAGCGAGGCCUUCCUUGUCAGUGCAUGUGCGUGACCGGUUCAACUGAGACCCAAAGAGUGAGGAAGAUGGGAUCUGUAGAAUUUACGAGUGAUGGUGCUGUAUCGAGUGGCUCAUCAUUUCUUUACACUUCAUAGCAGUGUACAGUUCCGGUUGAGAUGCCUGCUAUUUAUAUCAAACAACUCUUGCUGUGCAUAUUGAGAUGUCUAUGAUUUUUGUCUACAGUUUCUGUUUCAUUUAUCUCAGUACAUGUUAAAGAUUGCUAAUUCAAUCUUUUUGCCAGGUGU